AUGGGUCGUGGGAGAGGGAGAGGACGUGGGCGGCCACGAUUGGUGCCACCGUCAACAAGCAAUCCUACGGCGUCCAUCUCUGAUCAGCAAGCCACGGAAAAGGAAACUAUUGUGGACGAUGAAGGGCGAAAUGACUCAGUGAAAAAUGGUAGUCUGGCAGAGGAGGACGUAGAGAAUGUAACUGAUACAGAAAACCUAGGUCAUCAAAGCCCUGAAGAACGAAUGGAGGUGAAAGCUAGCCAAACGAAGAAACUAUGGGUUGAUAUCAUCAAUGAGAAUCGUAAUCCGGCGAAGGGUCUCACCAUGGAAUUCGUUGCACCAAAGAUUAUUGAUGGAGAAAUGAAAAUCCAAAUUGAAGAGGAAGAUGUUGAAAAAGAAGUGAAAUUCUGGGAAUCUACCCUCAUCAUGUAUGCCUUGGGUGUGGACCUCAGCAUGAAUGCGGUGAAACAGUUUAUGAGCAAGAGCUGGAAUUUUGUGAAGUUACCUGAUAUGUUCUAUAAUGAGGAAGGAUUCUUCAUCCUUAGAUUCCACUCAUUCCAAGACAAAGACCUAGUUUUGAUGAAGGGGCCGUACUUAACCCGUAAUAGACCAAUGAUGCUGCGUGAGUGGAAACCUGAUUUUAGUAUGAACAAGGAUAUGCUUAGAACAGUUCCGUUGUGGGUGAAACUACCCCAGCUACCUUUACAUCUUUGGGGCGCGCAGAGCCUUAGUAAAAUAGGCAGUGCGUUAGGAACACCGCUGGUAACAGAUGAAUGCACGACAAACAAGCUCAGGGUUUCAUAUGCUCGUAUCCUGGUGGAAAUUGACAUUACACAAGAGCUAAAGACACACAUUCUGAUAAGAGACGAAAAAGGUGCACGACUGAAGCAGCCGAUUGAGUAUGAGUGGAAACCAUUUUACUGCCAACGUUGCCAUAAGGUCGGUCGUAAUUGUGAUAAGCCUUCUAAGCCUGCUAAAGAAUGGAAGGUGAAGGUGAUAGAGCAAACACAAAAGGAAAGGGUGCAAGCCAAUGGUAAUUCAAGUGGAACAACAGCAAUAGGGGACACUAGUAAGGAUAUCCAACAGAAUGAUGAGGUAUGGACGACGAUCAUAUGA